AGUAUUUUGGACUGUUACAAAGCGGCAUCGGAGGGCUCGUUACAAAGCUGGCGCUGCCCACGCACAUAGGAGCGACGACCGAUGCCCUAUGUGCGACGACCGAUGCCCGUCGCCAGUCGGAGAAGAAGCACGUUCAAGUUUUCACGACCAAUGGCGUUAUUGCUCACCUCUCCCGUAGAGAGCUGUAGAGAUGCAUGGAACUUGUUCGAUGAAAUGGCAGACAGAAGGCAACGCAUGCUGCUGGCAACGCCUAAGCCUUCCUCAACCACCGUGCUCCCCUGCGUGCCCGCUGUGUGCUGAGGGCGUCGCCGUGCCGCUCUUCGCCUUGCCAAGAUCGAGCUCCACCGUGCUCUGGUCCUGUGCCGAGGGCGUCGCCGCCGCAUGUGUCAGACGGUGCCUCAUCAACGCCCAACCUGCACAGCUCGGCUCUUUCUGCGGGUGUCACGGGAUUGGACGGCGAGCACCGGCAGCUAAUCGUCAACAAAACUUCAUUCUCUUGAUUCCAUGCGGAGCUCUGCUCGUCCAGUUGCGCCGCCGUCGCCGAUUGGUCGAGGUGAGCACGAACACGGUGUUAUCAGCCCAACUCCUGAUAAACCAAGGCCAGGCGGCCGGAAGAACGCUGUCAUGGAUAAUACGUCGCAGGCCACCGCUGAGCCCUCUCUGGCUGCUCCAGCCAGCGAUCCUCCGGCCUCUCCAGCCGAUCCAGUUGCGCCGCCGCCGCCGCCGCCGCGUCCGGCUUCACCUCCUAUGGACCCUGACGACGAGGAAAGGCAUGGACCGGAAAGCCGAACUAUUGAUAAACCACGCGCCCGCGGCGGCAGCGGCCGCGGCCGCUAAGCUGUCGUGUUACGUACAUGGAAGCCAUCGCCGGCCGGAUGAAAUGUAUCAAUCACCCGGCCUACUCUUGCACGGAGGGACAUUGAGGGUGUGUUUGGUUCUAAGCCAAAGCUAAUCAUGACAAAUAUUAGCAGCCCAUAAUAAUUUGGUAAUUUAAUGCUAAUGGGCAUCUCUGGCCAUCUAUUCCACAUAUUUUUGUCAAGUCUGGGCUAAAAAAUUGUUGUCCAAAAUGUUGGCAAAUCAAAUUUUGUCCAGAUUUGUUAGGACUAUGUUGGGUAAGAACCAAACACACCCUAAACGCCAAUCGUUGAUGCCCUACACUAGGAGCACAGCAUUUGUUUUUGAUACUUUGGGUAUAUUGUUUUCAUUAACCGAGACUUUGACCGAGGAUUACUCAA